AGGGGAAGGAGGGGAACGGGCGGUUUUUCAACAUCCACAUUCCGGGCUGGAAUUCGGGGUGGAAUCGGUAUGAUGGCGGGGAGUGUGCGUGGUAGGUUGGUUGCUCUUCUGCUCUGUAACGGAGAGAGGAAAUGAGUAUAGGUGCAGAAUCCAAACGAAACCUUCUGGCUUUGGUCAAACUGGAUCUCCUGCUGCCUAAAGCAAAGGCCGUAGACAAGGAUCCUCAGCUCAACCCCGACCCUCCCUCGGAGAAUUUUACCAAUCCCAUCCACCCAUUCAUCCGAACAAACAAAAACCAUCACCAGCAACCAGACAAGACAGCACCGAGCAACCAAAUCAGUCCCAAUCCCAAGAAACCCAGUGACGGAAUCCAAUCCCUCCUGCGAACGGAUCCCACAAACCCGAGCCCUCUCUCUAAACUAGCCCUCCCCCUUUUCCUUCCCACGAGAACUCCCAGUUCCUCCCCAAACCAAACAAAAGCAAAAUGCAAGAGAAAAAAAAAGCAAACAUCCUCCUUCCCUCCCCCUCCACCUCCUUCUAUCGUAUGCCAUGCACCACGGCCCGAUUGUCACUUGCCUCGUCUGGCACGGUCACUGGAUUCGAAAUUCCUGUUACCCCAGGUGUAUGUAUGGAUGUAUGUAUGGAUGUACAUACUGCGUAUUACCACUUCGCUGGCGUGUAUCCCUCCGCAGCAAGCAGAGCCGGCUUUCAAUGAUGAUUCCCUUGAUGGUGACGAUUGUAGUUCCUCGCGGGUACAUACAUAGACCAUCCAAUGUACCACCCCAUACCUAAACCCACGCGAGAUGGGAAAAAUAAAAGGUACACGGCAGUGAGUUUCCCACGCGGUGGCGAUACUUUAGAGGUACUACCGACUCCGUACAUUGUAUAUAGAAGAGCUACUGAUUCUUCAUUUUCGAGUGCAAUCAGCAUGGCAAGGAUACGUACAGGAAAGGGGGCAAGAAUCACGGGGGUCGGUAGAAUCCGACGUCUUGCUGUCCGGUCUUGGACAUGCGAUGAACUGUGGUCGAAACAGCGACUGCUGCAUUUUGUUUUGUUUAUCGUC